GCAGGUGCUGGUGCCGCAGGAGCCGUCGGGUCGCGCGCCGCUGGCCCGACGCGCGGCGCUGCGCGUGUUCUGCCGCGACCGCCCGCCCGUGGGGAUCGCCGUCAAGGAACACUUCGAGGUCAACAUCGUGCCCAUACGGAUUGGUCUCACAAAGAAGUUCUUCAACACAAUGCUAAAGUUCUGCUUCCCGGAGCGUGACCCUGACGCUAUGGAUGAUGCGGAAGAUGAGGCCGAGGGCACGUUACGACCUUCGUCCUCCGCCAGCCUGGUCUCCACCGGCUCUAAGAAGAUGAAGAAGAAGGGCAAAGACUCAAACUCCAACUUCUACGUGAAGAGGGAUAAGAGGGACAAGGAUGAUGUUGAGAAGAUGAAGGAGCGUGCUGAAAAGAACAAGCUAUUCAUAUACAUCAAGAUACCUGAAGUACCAGUGAGGGUGUCGUACAAGGGCAGCAAAGAGAAGAAUCUGGAGGAUGUCCGGGACUUGCCGCUGGUGCUGCCGACCCUCGAGUACCACAACGUCACCUGGACUUGGCUGGAUUUGUUGCUUGCCACCAAGACUGACACUAGGAAGGUGAUCCUGUCGCAAGCCAUCCGGCAGAAGCUGCAGCUGCACCGGCGCGCCGCGGCCGCGCCCGAGCCGCACGAGGAGGACAAGGCGCGUCUGCUGCUCGGCGAGCGGACCGUAGCAGAGAGCAAACCGCAAAAGAAAAGCACGCCGAGCGUUUUCAAGUUUUCAAAAUCAUAGCAAUCAAUAAUAAAGAAGAAGAAAUAGGUUAAAAACCAUAUGAUACAUAUUCUAAUGACUGAACACUGGUUGGACUUAGCUCUUAAUGGAGCUUGAAUAAUGCAAGAAAAAAGACUUUAUUUAGCCACUUAAAGGGUAGAAGGCUAGAUUUUUUAUAGGAAGAAGUUCAGAUCUUAAACCAGGUAGAUGGGAUAUUAAAUACAUGAUAACCUACUUACUGUGACGGUCUCAACAAGGAUGAUAUACUGGCAAUUGUCGUUGG